AUGAGCAGAAUACUUGAAAAACUCAAGGAUUAUUGGAAAAAACCAAAAAUUUUUGUGGAUCACUUUGAUGGUCCCGAAUACUUGUUAAGCUUGGGCGGCAUCAAUGUCUUCAACGAUAGUUGGUUUUGGCGAGGUACAUUUAAGGCAAAGAUGGCAUUUGUGAUCUUCGUGGGACUCUCAAGUUGCACAACGACCUUUUCGUCAAUUAGUGCGGUGCAUCCAUUCGAUGACGACUUGGAGGAUCGCAUGUCGGCAAUUAUGGCUGCGUUAUGUGGAUUUGAAGUGCUUGGAAAAUCCUUGACUUUGAUAUUAUUUCGAAAUAAUUUUCGGCAAUUGAAGGAUUUGGCAAAGGAACAUUCGCGCGAAGGUUUGCUCGGAAAAAAUCACUUUUAUGGAUCAAUUAUUACGAAAUAUGAAAAGUAUGGAAGAUACGUUAUAUUUGUGAUUUUUGGAAAUUAUUACUUGGCAUGUGCUGUUUUGAUUUUUUAUCCCUUGCUCUUUGGUAAAAAAUGGAUGUAUCCCGUUAACAUUAUCAUUCCUGGACUUUAUCCUAAGGCUUAUCCUGCCUAUGCCAUAAAUUACGUAAACAUUUCAAUCAUGACAACUUAUACAGCGACAACUUUCGUUGCAUUCGAUACAUAUUUUUUUCUCCUUUGUCUCUAUAUGGCAUCGCGUUUUGAGUUGUGCAGUGAGUAUUUCGACAAAAUUGGUAGCUCAAAGCGUUAUUCAAGUGCCAAAUACAUUCGUCAUUGCGCAAUGUUGCACGUGAAAACGAUUGAACUGUACAAAUCCAUGCAAGAAACUGUCGAGUACAUGGUUGGUCUUCAGAUCUACGUUGUUGCGCAAAUUAUGGCCUGUGGAGGUGUUAUUACCCUAAUUAAUCCCUGGAAUUCGUACUAUCUGGUAACUACUUCAAAUGUCGUUCAGGCGUUUUUGUAUUGCGUUUCGGGAGAAAUUGUCGCUGUCAAAGCAGCAGAAGUUGGACAUAAGAUAUACAAUGCUAAAUGGUACGAAAUUGAUGAUAUUCAGGCAAAGAAGAUUUUGGUUUACGUCAUUCAUCGUUCUCAACAACCAUUUUACAUGAAUUUCAAAGGACGUUGUCUCUCGAUGGAAGCUUUUACGAAUAUCAUGAGCUUUGGCUUCAAGGUUUUCAAUACUGUGCGAAAUUUUAUUUAG